AUGGCUUCACUAAAAGAUAAAGCCAAGAAGGCAAAGACAAUCUUCUCCCUCGAUUCCCCCACUCCGACUUUUUUCUCCCCGUCGUGGCCUGAUAUCUCGCCUCAGGCGUCGUCAGAUGCAUUCGCUAUAUUAUCAAAACUUCUCACCGACCUACAAGAGCUUCAAAAAUUGACGACGGCGACAGCAACGACGAUAGGAGAUGGAAGACCAAAGAUAUUGGCCGGCCCGAACCCGGUAACAUCAUAUCUGGAACAUCUAGUCCAACGAUCAGUUCCAACAUCACUUCUAAAUCCCAAUUCAAAGCCAGAAACCUCCCAAAAGGAAAUUCGAAAACCAUUGGCAGUCUUUGUUACAAGAUCGGACCAACCAUCAGUGUUACACUCGCAUAUCCCGUUUCUAUGUGCCGCAGUAUCAGUGCCUUUGGUGGCUCUCUCGAAGGGCUCGGAACAGAAAUUGGUUAAGAUAUUAAAACCAGAGAAUGGCAGUGUAUACAUGUUGGUGGUUUUUGAGGACACGCCUGGAGUCGAAGAGUUGACAAAGCUUUUACUUGGCGAAGAUGGUCAGAUUAUAGCAGGAAAAGUUGGAAUGCCAGAGGUACUCCAGCCUAGUGAGGCGAAAUGGUUGGAGACUCGAAAUAAAGCCACCCAGACCUUCGUAGGCGAAAGACGGAAAGUCAAGAGAAAAGGCGGGGAAGUUACAAAUACGCAAACCAAAGGUGAAGGUAGAGCUCCAGCGAAGAAAGCGAAAAAGGAGAGCUGA